AAUUAGUGCUGGAUGGGCUAUUAUAAGAGUAUACAUCGCCAAAAAUAGAUUUACUGGCUGCUUAGUGCUGUUUCUUCUCUACUUUGCGUCCGUUACUAGUGCAAAGCUAAUACACCACUACGUAAUGGUAAGUUGAUCGAUAAGUUAUUCCUGUCGAGUUGUGUAUAUUUCAUACUUUAUACAAUGAAUAUGUGCAGUACAUAAUCAUGCAAAAAUUGAUAUAUUUACAAACAAGUACUUCUUUUUUAUAAUAAACAGGCAUUAACACUUUGCUUUACAAUGUUCUCCAUGUACAAAAGCAUGAAAUGGUGUUCAGAGAGCCUUGAAAUUCUUCGAAAGAUUCGUUCCAGAUAUCGACGUUUAAUUAAUCGUUUCAAUUUGCGCUAUCGAUUUGGAACCAUUACGAUGGACCAACAGUUGGCAGCGAAGCAAAAUAUUCUGUCCGCAUUUAGGAAUAUUUGUGCAGCUUAUACUUUUGCAUUUAGUCUCUUAAGAUGUAUCGACGCCAUCUUUAAGGACGUUGCGUACGUAACGCCGCUUACUCAAGAACUCCCUGAUUUCAUACUUUACGUUAGUUUAAUGCUAUUAUUCCGUCUAAGGAACUUUGAUUCCUACGAUAGAGUGGAAAUGUUGGCUCAAAAGGAAGAUGUUGCAAUUAUAGAUCUUCCGGACGUCUGUGAAUUGAAUCCUCAUUUUGUAUUAGGAGUUCCUCUGUAUAGGAAAGUUGAAAAGCAGACACAAACUCCUAAUAGAAGAACUUGGUCAAGAACAAGACGAUAUAUUAGUACUCAACUUUAGAUAAAUCGAAUCUUGUCGCUAAUAUUACCCUCCUUCUAAAUCUAACACUAGACAGAUAAAAGUAGAAACACAAUUUUUAUUCUCGGAUUCAUAAAUCCUAUUGCUGCCAGCGAAUAUCAUUCAAAAUGAAGAAGGCAAAAAAGAAAUUUUAUCACUUUUGAAAUCAUCUAGAGAAUCUUCUGAAUAUUUCACUAGACAAGCAAAUCCCCUCUCCCUCCUCUCUUACUAAAAUUCGUGCAUUAUUUGUUUCUUUUUUGUAGCUAGGUACAAGAAUGAUUAAGGAGGGGUUUAAAAAAGUGGGUCGGGAGUCGACAGGGUAGGAUAUUUAUUAAAGAGAAUAUGUGAGUUAUUUACAUAUUUUUUCCAUGGAUAAUCCAAAGAGUACCAUUUGUGAUAAAUCAUUGAAGAUAGAAGAAAUGAUUUUUUCAUCAGAUAUCUUCAUAUAUAUAUUUUAUUUAAACUUAAACAAAAUUCAUAUAUAUUGAACAUUGAACAUUUAAAAAGGAAACACUGGAAUCGUUAAUUGUAUUUCAAAGCAAAAUUAUAUCUAUUAAUGAGACGUAGUUUAGAAACAAAUAAUAUAAACUGUAACGCUUUCAAUAGAUUUAUUAAAGAAAUUCAAAGAAUAAAUGACCAUGACGGUGAUUAAAUGACAACGACAUUAACGAUAGCUAUGAUAGUGAUCAAGAUAAUGUAAUAAAAAGAAAUAUAAGAAAUAUUAGGCCAAUUAAAAAAAAUUGUAAACUGUCCUGGUCUUUAUUUUUAGAACAGCUAUAUCCUUUCUAAGAGAAUAUAUUGAAAGAAAGAAGCUGUCUAAUAUGUCAUUAUCUAUUACUAAUAUAUAUAUACAUAUAUGUACUAUAUACUGUCAAUUAAUGCAGUAUAUUUAAACUUAAUACAAAUAUUUUUACUUUGUUUAUUUAUAAUAUUGAUAAUAAUUGUCUAAUAACUGCUGUCUAUAGCACAUCGUAUGUAUAUAAUGCCUCUGUAUAUAUUUAUUUAUAUUUUUAUUUGUUCUUGUUGUUUAUUCUAUUAAUGUUUUCUUUCUAUUAAGUCCUAAUGAGAGCAAAAUUAGGGAGAGAAUAAAACGAGUCAGAGUGAGAGAGAAAAGGGGGGAAGGGGAAUAGGGGAAUAGGGGAAGAGUGAGAGAGUGAGAGAGUGAGAAAGAAAGGCAGACAAAGAGAGGGAGGGAAGAAUAUCAAGAGAAAUAGUAGGUCUAUAGAAACAAAAAAAUAACAAAUAAUACUCUGCAUCGACUUAAUAACUGUGAUCAGUUUAGGAAUAAUAACUCUUUAUAUAUACAUUAUUAUAUAUAUAUAUAUAAAUUUAUAUAUUAUUAUCA